UUCUAUCACUUCUCUCCUCCAUUCACAACUUCUAUCUCUUCUCUCCUCCAUUCACAACUUCCAUCACUUCUCUCCUCCAUUCACAACUUCCAUCACUUCUCUCCUCCAUUCACAACUUCUAUCACUUCUCUCCUCCAUUCACAACUUCUAUCACUUCUCUCCUCCAUUCACAACUUCUAUCUCUUCUCUCCUCCAUUCACAACUUCCAUCACUUGACUGAGCUGUCCAUCCAGACUCUAAAAGAAACUGAAGAAGCAGUAUCCAUGACCAACAUGAUGACAUCAACGGUCCUCAUCAGCUUCCUGGCCUGUCUGCUCCUGGUCAAUGUUGAAGGCCAGGUGGGUCAUUCUAAAGCUCGGUGCCUGUGUCUGAAUGGACUGGUGAACCGUGUUAAACCUCUUCACAUUGAGAAGAUCGAGGUGUACACCUCCAGCCACUCCUGCAGGAACAUGGAGAUCAUUGUCACUCUGAAGAACGGAAAAGGGAAAAAGUGUCUGAAUCCAGAAGCUCCAUUUGCCAAGAAAACCAUCGAGAAAAUAAUGAACAACCAAAGGAGUGUGCAGUGAAAUGAAUGACACCAGUUCAGGUGAGAACUCGAUAGAGAGAGAGAGCUGGAGGAAUGCAAAGAAGACUGCCUGAAAACUGCCUGAAGACAGCCUAAAGACUGCCUGAAGACAGCCUGAAGACUGUCUAAAGACUGCCUGAAGACUGCCUAAAGACUGCCUGAAGACAGCCUGAAGACUGUCUAAAGACUGCCUGAAGACAGCCUAAAAACUGCCUGAAGACAGCCUGAAGACUGCCUGAAGACUGCCUAAAAACUGCCUGAAGACAGCCUGAAGACUGCCUGAAGACUGCCUGAAGACUGCCUGAAUACAGCCUAAAGACUGCCUGAAGACUGCCUGAAGACUGUCUAAAGACUGCCUGAAGACUGUCUAAAGACUGCCUGAAGACUGCCUGAAGACUGUCUAAAUAUGUGUUUACACUGUUGAAUGGUACUUAGAAAGUUGUUUUUUAAAUGUACAAAGUCAGUAUCUGUUACACAAUAUGACUUACUAGUUGAGUGACAUUUCUAGCAUUUCCAAUGGAAAAAAUAAAAAGCAUGUAAAUAUGUAAAUAUACUUUUUUUUUUAAUGUCAAGAAUAUAUGUAUGUAUUUCUCAGGUUUUCUAUCAAAUUAAAAAAUAAGCAUUUG